CUUCUAGCCACAGUUUACCGGUUGCCUUCUGACCGACAGAUCGAACACGCCAAUCGAGCGCAGUGCACUCAAUCAAGUGAACACUCUCAAUCCCCAAGACUCGCCAGGAAGUGGCAGGAUAUCCAAUCUGCGAGCCAGUGUCAAGUGUUUGUGUGAAAUAUAACGAAAAAAGGAAAUAUCCAUCCGGAGCCAUGUUCAAGUUUGUGUGCCUUUUUGCUCUGAUUGCCUCUACGGCGGCGGCUGCCUCGGAAGCGGACAGCCUGCUGACCAGCGCCUUAAAGAUGGUCAAGGACUGCGGCGAGCGGUCGAUGGUCUUGUGCAUGAAGGAGCGAGCCCUGCACUACUUCGACACCGAAAACGGAGAUGUGCGGCUAACCGAGGGCAUUGCCCUGGUGAAGACCGAUGAGAUACCGGUGGGUCGUUCCCUGAACGAGAUGCAGCUGCCCGAGGAGGUUGAGGCCAGGGAGGCCGAGGUGGACUCUCUGCUGGUUGAGCGAGUGGCUCGCUUCUUUGGCACCCACACUCUGCAGUUCAAGGUUCCCAAGGACUCAAUCCAGGACAUGCAGCGCGCCCUCGAGGAAUCUCGCGGCAAGAAGAAGGAGAAGAAGAAGUACCUGAUGCCUCUGUUGAUGCUCUUUAAGCUGAAGAUGGCCGCCUUGCUGCCCUUGGCCAUUGGUUUCCUGGCUCUGAUCUCCUUCAAGGCCCUGGUCAUCGGCAAGAUCGCUCUGCUGCUGUCCGGCAUCAUUGGACUGAAGAAGCUGCUCGAGUCGAAGAAGGAGAACUACGAGGUGGUGGCGCACCCGCACUACGAGCACGAGCACAGCUACGGACGCUCGCUGCCGGCUGAUGACUCCCAGGCCCAGCAGCUGGCCUACGCGGCGUAUAAGCAAUAAGCGUCAUGCCAAAUAAUUCUGAAUGCUGAGGCAACCGUAAUCAGUGCAAUACUCGGAGGGCCGUCUAAUUUAUUCUAUUUAUUUAAUUUAUUUGUAUAGCAUAGUUCAUGCCAGGCUUACACACUUAAGGCGCCAUCAAGAGAAAUAGAAGGAAAUGCAAAAACGAAUCCAGAACCCACAGCAAAUAGGUUUAGGAAUUAAGCAGCUAAGCAGCAAAGCAGCUGGGGCUAAAGACCAAGGGGGACGCCUGGCGCCGUUAAAUCUAAUCUUAAAAUGACUGCAACUCUUGUAUUAAUACUCAGAGCUUUACUGUUUAAAACUCUACGCUUAACUCAAUUUAACUCUCAAAAACUAAACUAUUAAACUAUAUAACUAAACUGCCUAACUCUGAACUGCCGCUAGGCGCAGGAAGAGCCCCCUGGCCAAGCCCCUUCCCACAAAUCAAUAAAAGCAAUGCCGCAUUUAUCUCGAA